AUUUAUAUUCAACACACACGUUUUUAUUCAUCAAAUCUCUCUCUUUCUCUCUCUCUCUCUAACAACAUCCAAAAUGACAACGGAUCUCCUCCACAUCUCUCCACCACUUCACCUCACCUCCACCACCAUCAACCACGGCAUACUCACCUACAAUGUCCACCACAAACGACGUCGUAACUACCUCCACCUUCCUUCACCACCACUACGCACCUUCCACCACCACCUACCUAACCGCACCCUCACCAAAGCAGUCAACCUCAACUCACCAAUACAAACCUCGCCGGAACAACAACAAUCGCCGCCGUCAGUCCUCCUCGACGUGACCGGAAUGAUGUGCGGUGCGUGCGUCUCACGAGUGAAGUCGAUCUUAUCGUCCGAUCCGCGCGUGGAGUCCGUUGUGGUCAAUAUGUUGACCGAGACGGCGGCGGUUAGGUUGAAGGAUGAUGCGGCGGUGGCGACGGCGGAGGAGUUAGGGCGGAAGUUGACGGAAUGUGGAUUUCCGGCGAAGAGGAGAGCGGCGGGGCUAGGGAUAGAGGAGAAGGUGAGGAAGUGGAAGGAAACGGUGGCGAGGAAAGAGGCGUUGAUGAUUGAGAGUAGGAACCGAGUUGCGUUUGCGUGGACUUUGGUGGCCUUGUGCUGUGGAUCUCAUGCUUCUCAUGUUAUGCAUUCUCUAGGUGUUCAUGUUGUUCAUGGCACAUUUAUGGAGUUACUUCACAACUCCUAUUUCAAAGGCAGUUUAGCUGUUGGUGCGUUGUUGGGACCUGGAAGAGAGCUGCUUUCUGAUGGUCUUAAGGCAUUCUUUAAGGGAUCUCCAAAUAUGAACUCUCUUGUUGGAUUCGGAUCCAUUGCUGCAUUUAUGAUAAGCGCAAUCUCACUUCUUAACCCUGAGCUUGGAUGGGAUGCGACAUUCUUUGAUGAGCCGGUUAUGCUUCUUGGUUUUGUUCUCUUGGGACGUUCACUUGAAGAAAGGGCGAGACUUCGGGCAUCUAGUGACAUGAAUGAACUAUUAUCGCUGAUAUCCACACAGUCACGACUAGUGAUUUCUCCCUCUGAAAGUAACAUGACAGAUGGAAGCAUAUUAAGCUCUGAUUCAAUAUGUAUUGAAGUCCCUACUGAUGAGAUUCGAGUUGGAGAUUUAGUACUGGUUUCACCGGGAGAAACUAUUCCUGUAGAUGGAAAAGUUGUUGCAGGAAGAAGUGUUGUGGAUGAGUCCAUGCUCACCGGCGAGUCGCUUCCUGUUUUUAAGGAAGAAGGUCUUUUAGUCUCAGCCGGAACAAUAAACUGGGAUGGUCCGCUAAAAAUCGAAGCUUCUUCAACAGGCUCCAACUCGACGAUAACAAAGAUCGUUAAAAUGGUAGAGGAUGCUCAAGGACGUGAAGCACCUAUACAGAGGCUUGCUGAUUCGAUUGCUGGCCCAUUCGUGUACACUGUUAUGACCUUAUCUGCUGCAACAUUCGCCUUCUGGUACUAUGCUGGGGUACAUAUUUUUCCAGAUGUGUUGCUCAAUGACAUUUCUGGCCCUGAUGGGAGUCCUUUACUUUUGAGCUUAAAGCUUUCCACAGAUGUCUUGGUCGUUUCUUGCCCAUGUGCACUAGGCCUUGCAACACCAACUGCAAUUCUUGUUGGUACCUCUCUAGGGGCUAAGCAAGGACUUCUUAUUAGAGGUGGCGAUGUGUUGGAACGCUUGGCAAACAUAGACACUAUUACUCUAGACAAGACAGGAACUCUUACAGAAGGAAAACCCGCGGUUUCUGGUGUCGCAUCAUUUAGUCACGGAGAAGCAGAGAUUCUCCAACUGGCUGCUGCAGUAGAGAAAACCGCAUCACAUCCCAUCGCAAAGGCUAUUAUAUCCGAAGCAGAAUCAUUGAAUCUAGAUAUUCCAGUUACCAGCAGGCAGUUAGCAGAACCGGGCUUUGGGACAUUGGCAGAAGUAGAUGGGCAUUUGGUGGCCGUUGGAUCUAUGAAAUGGGUCCAUGAACGUUUCCACCACAGAAAAAACAUUUCCGAUGUAAUGGAAUUGGAGAAAGAUGUGAUACAGAAAUCAUCAGAAGGUCGUGCUUCGUCAAAUUAUUCACAGACGGUUGUUUUCGUUGGUCGGGAAGGUGAAGGGAUCAUUGGUGCUAUUGGAAUAUCUGAUAAUUUACGUCAUGAUGCUGAGUCUACCAUAAAAAGGCUACACGAGAAGAGGAUUGAAACAAUCCUGUUAUCAGGAGACAGGGAAGAGGCAGUUGCAAGUGUAGCAAAAACAGUGGGCAUAGAAACACAUCUAAUCAACGCAUCUUUGACCCCACAACAAAAGUCGGGUGCCAUCUCGACUCUACAAAACUCAGGCCACCGUGUUGCAAUGGUCGGGGAUGGAAUCAAUGAUGCACCGUCUUUGGCUCUAGCGGACGUCGGAAUUGCUUUGCAAGUUGAUGGACAAGAAAACGCUGCCUCUAAUGCUGCUUCCAUUAUACUUCUUGGGAACAAACUUUCACAAGUUGUGGAUGCAAUUGAUCUUGCAAAGGCAACAAUGUCUAAAGUCCAUCAAAACUUGUCUUGGGCAGUGGCGUAUAACGUUGUCGCGAUCCCCGUUGCAGCCGGUGUGCUGCUUCCGCAUUUCGAUUUUGCAAUGACACCCUCACUUUCAGGUGGACUGAUGGCAUUUAGCUCGAUAUUUGUGGUCAGCAACUCCCUACUUCUACAACUUCAUGGGUCUCAUCAAAAAACGAAAAACGAAAAAGACAACUUCCAACCAAAGUGAAAAGCCGAUCAAAUCGGCAUCUUAAUAGCUGAAUUAUUGUUGAUGCACUUGAGCUAGGAUCUAUUUGUCGAUAAUUUAUUGGUUGACAUGGUUGCAUGACUGCUAUUGCGACCGAGGUUAACAAGAAUCAUUUCGUCAAGGUAGCGUUAGGUGGACAUUACUCGAUGCCUACUAUUAAGCAAAGCUUAUGUUUACAAUAUAAUGGAAGCUAUGUAAGGUGUGAUAGGAGCUAUUUAUACCAACUUUGUUAACUGUAUGUCAAAUUGUGUUGUUUGUCAGAUUAUGUUGUAUGUCAGAACAUAAGAGAAAUAUAUAUAAUAAUUCUGUGUUCCAGCCAUACAAACAAUAUUAUGUUUCGAGAGGAAUAAUAUAUUAUAUUGAAUACGA